ACCUGCAUUUUAAAACCACAGAGAUCCACUGUCUGAAGAUGACUGCACCACUGGGGCUUGAUCUGAAGGUAUAUGGCUUUUAUAUAAUGGCGGGGCAGAUGUUGGGACACAUUGAUGAGAGCAUCUCUUUUGUAUGACAAACAUACCGCCAACUGACAGAAGUGGCAUAACUGCGCUUAAGUAAGCUCCUCAUGGAUACAUUACCAAUCUAAACGUCUACCAGCUCCUACAGGUGUUCCCGUAUGUUGACCAGCAAGCAUGCGGUUCACUGCGAGGAAGGUGCUGUUAGUGAUCUCCUUCAUUGUAUUGGUGGCGUUAGCUGCACACCUUGGCCACCAGAUGCUAGAAUGUCAGCAAAUUCUUGAUGAAGGCUAUGGCAGGAAACAUCGUGGUGUCAUGAGACCAGAGAGUGAAGAAUUAGUUAUGAUGGAUGCCAAUAACGUCGAAUACAGAUACAGCAAAGACAUGCCACUUAUAUUUAUUGGUGGAGUGCCUCGAAGUGGUACAACCUUAAUGAGAGCCAUGCUAGAUGCCCAUCCUGAUGUCCGAUGUGGAGAAGAAACACGGAUUAUUCCACGGAUUUUAGCCAUGCGCCAAGCUUGGUCAAAGUCUGGCAGUGAAAAGAUGCGCCUUGAUGAAGCUGGUGUAACAGACCAUGUCAUGGAUUCUGCUGUACAGGCGUUUAUACUAGAGAUUAUAGCCAAACAUGGAGAACCUGCAAAACUUUUAUGCAACAAAGACCCUUUCACUUUGAAAUCGUCUGUUUAUCUCUCCAAACUCUUCCAGAAUUCCAAGUUUCUGUUAAUGAUAAGGGACGGACGUGCCUCUGUACAUUCCAUGAUCACCAGGAAGAUAACUAUAGCUGGCUUUGAUUUAAACAGUUAUAGAGACUGCCUCACCAAGUGGAACAAAGCGAUCGAGAUUAUGUAUGCACAGUGCUUAGAAAUUGGGGAGCGGAAGUGCCUUCCUGUUUACUAUGAACAGUUAGUCCUGCACCCUAAACAGACAAUGCAAGCAAUUAUAGACUUUUUGGGCAUACCCUGGAACGAUGCAGUGCUUCAUCAUGAGGAAUUGAUCGGAAAACCUGGAGGAGUGUCUCUUUCAAAAACGGAAAAGUCAACAGACCAAGUAAUGAAGCCUGUGAACCUUGAAGCCAUGUCUAAAUGGGUUGGAAAACUUCCUAUUGACAUUGUAGAAGACAUGCCUCGUAUCGCCCCAAUGCUUGCCAGACUGGGCUAUGAUCCCUAUGCCAACCCGCCAAGAUAUGGUGACCCAGAUGCCAUAGUUGUAAACAACACUCAUAGAAUCUUGAAGGGAGAUUUUAAAACACCCAGCAGUCUGAAAGGUAACAUUCAGGUUCAUCAGAAUAACUCUUCACACUGGUGACAGCAGACGAUUAGAGUUGGAUGUUCUCUGCUCAAACAGGACCUAAGAGGAAAAAAAACUCCUUGCAGUUGUGAAAGGAAACGAAAUAUCCAAGCAUAUUGCUUGCCAAAUAUUGCCAAACUGUGACUGUCUAGAGUGAAUGUAUUUGCACUUGUUUGUACCGGUGGAUUCUUUCACAGCUGUCAGUGAGAAAUGAUCUCUGUAGCUUAUUUGAACUUACUGUGGAGAAGACGUGAUCUGUGGAUCUUUUAGUCAUCACGGAAUCUAUCAGCCAGUAUUUUGUUAUGAGCCACAGCCAUUUUGUACCACAGUUCUAGCACCAGAUCUGUAACUGCCCAGCGUCUAGUUACAUGAAUUGACGGAGAUAACACUCCACUAACUUACAUCUUAUUUGUUUUUAAAGGCCACUAAACUGAUGAAAUGAAUGAGCAAAGGCAAUAAAUUUCCGUUUUUAUUUUUAGUUUUAUAUUAACAAAAGGAUACCGGUGCAGUGCAUUGUAACAACUCUGUUGCAUUUGUUCUAAAUGCUUCAGAGCAAAAAAAAAAAUACUGAAUAGCUCAUUCACAGUAUAAGCGUACUGGUGACUUUUAAAUGUAUUCUACAAAUCUCUAUUUAAAUUUUAAUAUAUGAUUCGUUCAUCGCAUUCAGAGUUUUCAUUCUUAUUUCAUUAUAUUAAACUGUUUUAAUGAAG